GUGUGUGUGUGUGUCUUCGCUGUGCGCCGCCCGCAUGUGUAUGAUACGGAGAGCGAGACAGACUAGAGAGAGCAACCCCUGAUUCCACUCUUACAUUUUUAACAAGGUUGUGGAGCUUUUCAGGCUGUUGCCAUGACUCCAUGCUGUAUACUGUUACAGUGUCCCAUCAGCUAUUCUUUACAACUGUAACAAAACUGAUUGAUACACUGGAAGCUUACCUUCUUACAAGAGCAGCAUGACAGCUCGACCACAGUUCCGAGGCGCGCGAAAACUUUGAUAGCUACUUGUACAAAGUGUGGUCGCUUUGUUCUGCAAUGAAGAAUACUGGACAAAAUUAGAAGAUUCAUGGCUACAAUUGGAUGUUCUUUGCCUUUUCGCUAAUAUGACACACACCCAGAGAGAGGGCAAGGAGAUUUUGCGGAGAAGAGCAAGUACUCCAAUCCCUGCCUCUCAUCUGCCGGGGCCGAGAGGCAGAGAUCCACUAUCCGACUACCAUCACCCGCCGCUCGGCCAGUCAGCCUCAUACCACCCCGGGGACAAAUCUCUCCACUGCCGCGCCAACUGGUCUUCGGAUGACUCAGACGACGACUCGGAGGGCUCGGGAGCGGAAUGUUUGUACCGCGUUGUUUUGCUAGGAGACCACGGUGUUGGAAAGUCCAGUCUUGCCAAUAUAUUUGCCGGCAUACAGGAGUCUCACGACCAUUCAGAGGACACCUAUGAGAAAACCAUGACUGUGGAUGGGGAGGAGACUACCUUAAUCGUCAUGGACACUUGGGAGAAUGAGAAACAGGAGGAGGAUGAGAAGUGGGUCCAGGACUACUGUAUGCAGGUUGGCAAUGCUUACGUCAUCGUUUACUCCAUCACAGACCGCACCAGCUUUGAGAGUGCCUCAGAGUUACGCAUCCAGCUACGGCGCAUACGGCAGGCUGAGAACAUUCCCAUCAUCCUUGUGGGCAACAAAAGUGACCUGGUCCGCUCCAGAGAAGUGGCUGUAGAAGAGGGCCGUGCAUGUGCCGUGGUUUUCGACUGCAAGUUCAUUGAGACAUCUGCUUCCCUCCACCACAACGUCCACGAACUCUUCGAGGGCAUUGUCCGUCAGAUUCGCCUGCGGCGAGACAGCAAGGAGACCAAUGAACGACGACGCUCUGUGUACAAGCGCAAGGAGAGCCUCACCAAGAAGGCCCGCCGCUUCCUGGACCGCCUGGUGGCCAAGAACAACAAAAAGAUGGCUCUGAAGGUUCGCUCCAAGUCCUGCCACGACCUGGCCGUGUUGUAAUGGCUGCCAAGUUGUGUGCAGCAGGUGAUCCACAACAGUCACGGACACUUAUUCUCGUCUUUGCCCUGACACUGUGUUUUUUCUAAUUGUCCGUGUUUUGGGUCAAAUCCAUUAACCCACCAAAGGCUGUAUUAUACUGCCUCUAGACUCUAGUUCAAGGCUCCAAUUGCUUCUGGUAAUGGUAAAGGACUGUUUUCUAUUUAUUUACCCAUUCAAAGCAUGUGGGUUGAGAACAUGUGAGGCAAUUGAGACGUUUUUGUUGCUCUAUCAGAAAUUAGCUUCUCGACUGUUUGCUUUACAUGUAAUUCAUGUGAUUCCCAGACCAAUAUAUCCAGACAUAGAUCUAAAAUUUUUUCCUAUCCUUCAGAAGUUUUCUAUGAUUAUUGAGGUAUGAAAUAAUUUAUUUUCUACCAGAGAGAGUGCUUUGGGUGCACUGUAAGAUGUAUUUUUGCCAUGAGGACAGCAACGACCACAGAGUAAUAAGAUGACUCUAACUACUUAUUUAAAUUUUUUUGCACUAAGGGACGCAGUCAUUUGUUGGAAGGAUUCUAUGGACGUUCUUGCACAAGGAAGUUUCUAUCCACCAAUGAGAUUCCAUUGUCAACUUUCUAUAAAGAUUAUGUCAUCCACACCUUCCUUUUCAAGCACCGCCUACACCGGAAGGACCAGUGGGGUGUUACAUUAAAAGAGUCGUAAAAAAGCCUUGUAUGAUGAUGACAUGGUCUUAAAGAGAACCAAGAAGAAACAUCUUGAGUUCUUUAGUUGUGUGUUUGUGCACGUGUGUUUGUGGGUAUUUGUUUGUGGGCUUGAGAGCGGUAUACCAAUAACUUUUGUAAAAAAAUAAUGUUGCAAGUUUGUAAAUACAGUACAUAAUGAUUUUUAUGAGGAAAUAAAUCUACAGAAAUUGGA